AUGGCUUGUUUUUCUUGUGGGUGUGAAGAGUUUAAGAGAGAAAAUGGAUUAGAAAUUGCAAAAGUAAGUGAAGGGGGUCGGAGUAGAACAUUUGAUGUUGUGUUUAAUCCGACUAACCAAGAGACAACAUAUUCUUGCAAGUUGUUUUAUAGGCAAGGAAUUCCAUGCAGGCACAUGGUUUGGGUUUGGAAAGCAAAACGGUUUGAAAUUAUUCCUGAGCAAUAUAUUCUAAACAGAUGGACUACUAUGGCAACGAAAAGACCAAUAUUUGACCUGGGAGGAAAUCUGUUGGAACAAUGUGCCAAUAUAAUCGACAAGAAAAAGUUGUUGAAUGAGUUGUGGUCAGAGAUACAUAAUUGUGUUAGUUUGGCAGAGGGUGACGAUGAAGAUAUUAAAGACCUUGUGAUUAAUCUUCGAGGAUUGAGGUUGGAUUUGGAAGCUAAAAGAAAUGCAAGAAGUAAUGGUGAAAGGAAUGCUACUAACAAAGAAAAAGACAUAGAACUAUUAAUUGGAGCUAGUGUUCCAAGUGAAAUAUCUAUCAAACCUCCAAAAAUUUCUAAGAACAAAGGUACAGGAGUUCAUAUGUCAAAUGUUGAAACGAGAUCUGUAGAGACUUCAAAUGUUGAAACAAGAUCUGUAGAGACUUCAAAUGUUGAAACAAGAUCUGGAAGUGGGAAAAGACUAAAGGGGGACAAAGAAAUGGCGGUAGAACAAAAUCAGAAAAAAAAAGAGGUUAUGCAAAGGUUGUGGGGAAUUGAGUCACCACGAUAUUCGAAAUUGUCCAAAAAAAGUUAG